AUGUCGAGGCCAUCCGAACUUUCAGUCCCUAAAAGCGGCGCAUCCCGCUUCUCCAAGGCGCUGCCCACGGUGCCUGGAUUGGACGACUACUACACAGACGACGACGGCGAGAGUAACAUCGGCGGCGAUAACAAUAACAACAAUAGCAACAACAACAGCAACAACAAUAACAACACUAGCCAUAACCGAAAGAACAGCGAGUACAGUCUUCCAGCAAGAACCUCCUCGCUGGCAUCGCCGCAGGCAAAAACCCUCCCCCUUCCUCCGCUGCCUCCUCCGGUGCCUCCACCGACCAAGACGCUGCCGCCGACCCCCCAGAGCCAGACGAAUCCCAGCAGUAAAGUGAAUAGCUACAGCAGUACAGCCAGCGCAAACAUCGUCGCGGCGCCCUCAAUUGCGCCCAGUACGCCUUCGUCGGCGCUGAGCGCCGGAAUGCUGAGCCUCCAAUCGCCGCCUUUGAGUGCCGGAUCCAAGAUGUCAAUCCCGCGAAAACCUGUCGCGAACCUGAAGCUGCCGGCGCCCUCUCCGCAGUAUUUGGCCCAGCCAUCUCCCACCUUCUCUCUGUCGAGUCUCCUCUCAGCAUACAUGGGAGAUGGCGACGAAUCGCGAAGCCCGUCUUUAUACGAGACUACAACGAGUAUUAGCGAGAUCGAUAGACAGGAAGUCGCAGCGCCUGGUAGCGAGAAGUCGGUUGCGGCUGCGGAGGCCAGCAGUGUCAUAGCCGCAGCUACAGCUGCCUUUCCCGCUGUUCCUAGCAAGCCCAAGGCCACAACAAGCGGCAGUGGCUCACUGCCUGCCGCCCCCAAUGCCGGCACUGGCACAGGAAUUGGUGCUGGUGCUGCUGCUGCCACUCAGUAUCAGCGCCGUGCUGAGCGAGACCUCCCUCCGCCACCACCCCAAGACGAACCAGCGGCAGAACUGUCCACGCCAUCAUCUCCUCGGCCCGAAAUCUGGAAACGCCGUCCACACAUGACCCAAGCCAGCAGAGAGCUUCCCGGCCUUACGCUCGACUACAGCCACGGAUCGACUGCAGAUACGCAGCUGCCAGCAGACCAGGACAACUCCCAGGCGCUGCCCGAGACAGUGAAAGCUGCAGUGCAACGAGCACCUCCAUUCGCCGGUGGUUUGCCGGGCCGGAAUAUUCGUCCUUCAUUGGGGGCCAAGGACCAACCGCCCCCUGCCGCGCAAAUCAUGGGAAGCGAAACAUCCAAGCUGAAGCAGAUCAAAGACAGGCUUGGCUCUCAGCGCUCCGAAUCGAUAUCCAGCACUUCUAGUGCAAAGGCUGGCUUUCCGGGUGCCCCGGCUGUCCAGCGACCGCCAACGCCAGAGUAUCGCAAAGAAGACGUCAAACAACCGACUGUCGAACCUUUUAUUUCUCCCGUUUCUCCCGCAUCAUCCCCGGAAGCCCCCAGAGGUGCAUCUCCUGACUUUGCAAAAGAUCUUCCUCCUAAACCUCCCAAAGACAGCCAGCUUGCAGCUGCAAAUACUCAACCACUAUCACGAAAAGCGAUACCAAUAUCCCCUAGCCAGGAUCUAACAGCCGCUAAGAAUUCAUCUCGCCCGCCGUCUGAUACAAAAAGCACGAGUACAUCCAGCCAAGCAACUGUGUCACCAGUACUACGCAAGGGUGAUACUGUUCCAGUACCAGCGGCUGCACCCGUGCCUGCCCCUGUGACGGCUUCUCCUCCCAACGACUGGGGAUCUGCCCGCCCACGUGUUUCUGGGGGCACAAGCACAGCUGCUGUGCAGCCACAACCAGCUGUCAUACAAACAGAUGUUUCUCAGAUAGCGAACUCUAAGCAGAGUACUCCCCAACCGACUUCAGAUCCACGGCUGCUUAAGUCAGAAACACAAGGACUUCUUUAUCGGGGCCGUGACGGCACUUUAUAUCCCGAGAUGAAGGUUGAAGGCGAGCCUCAUCCCAAGGCUGCAUAUUUCCCAACACAGACGUUUUCAAGCUUGCCCAAAGACGGUAUCAUCAAAGCGAGACCACUCACCAACACGCAUUUUGAUUGCUUCCAACAACAUAGGACGAUGAACCGCCGAAGCAACAAAAACUGUCCGCUUACCUGCCAAGCUUGCGAUAGGGCAGAUCUUGAAGAUCGCUGGGCGUGCUCAUUCUGCCAUGUGCGAAUAUGCGACCCUUGUUAUCGCAAGUUAGGCAGCUACCAGUGGAAUCUUCGCCGCUUGGUGGACAACCUCGCCAACGCUGGUCCCCUUUCCCAAUCUCGACCGGACACCGCUCCCGGGCUACAGGCAACGUUAUAA